AAAAAGGCAAUUUACCAUAUGACAACAUCCUUGGCAAGUACUGCCGUUGGUCCUUUAGCUUUACAAAUUUUAAGUGCGAAUAAUGAAGAAGAAAAAUUGGAAGCUAAAAGAAAAGCAGAAAUUAAAGCAUUGGCAAAAGCAUCGAAAGGAGAGAAAAAAUCUUUUCCAAUUCCUUGGGCAUUAACUAUUUUAAUUGUUUGGAUUUUAUUUAGUGCUGCACUUUUUUGUAUUUGGGAAAGUGAAUGGGGAUAUAUGACUUCUGUUUAUUUCUUUUUUGUUUCUAUUAGUACUGUUGGAUUAGGUGAUUUAGUGCCAACUAAACCAGAUAUGAUGAUUAUUAAUUUUUUCAUGAUUUUAAUUGGUUUGGCAUUGCUGUCAAUGUGUGUUAAUUUAAUUCAAGAAGCAUUACAAAAAUUAAUUGAAAGAUUAAUAGAACAAUAUAUUGAUGAAAUAGAAAAAAUAGCUGCUGUUGUGACAAAUAAUGAAAUAAAUGAAUUUACUGAAGAAUUGGAACCUUUUAAUGUUGGUGAAAUUAAUGAAAUGUCUUUACCUAUAGCAACAUUAAAUAUAGAACAACCAAGAAUAGUAGUAGAAAAUGGAGGAGGAAUUGGGAGAACAGUAAAAGAUUGGUUUGCUGAGAAAGCUAGUAGUAUAUUACUUAAUAAGGUAAACUACUUAUUCUCAACAAAAAAAACCCUCACAAAAUUUUCUUUUUUUAAAGAUUUAUCCAGUCUCGAAUUCCCUUUCCUCUUCUGA